AAAAAAAAACACAGCUCACAUGCCUCACGUCUCUUGGUUCUCUUCUCUCCUCUCUGUGUUUUGCUUUGCUGCUGUGUCAAUAUUAUUCCUUUUUUUCAAAAAAAAAACGUGUACUCUCCACUACCACCUUUGUUUCUUUCCUCUCCAUUGCUUCAGACAUCUCUGUCUUGUACAAAUCCAAGCUCUGUGAUUUUUUUUGGUGGGUCAUCUUCAAAAUUGUCUCCUAGAAUUAAAAAAGGACGACUGCAUUUAAAUAAAUAAUCAGAGACAUCAUUCUCCAGUUACGUUUCCCUACCAAAAAAAAAACAGACUCUCUUGUUCCGUCAGUUCAAUAAAAAUCUCAUUACUCUACCAUGGACGCCGGCGGAGAUUCACGACACUGCGGAGGAAGCAGCGGUGACGGUUCUGUCGGAGUACAGAUCCGACAAACCCGGAUCCUACCGGACUUUCUCCAAAGCGUGAAUCUCAAGUACGUGAAGCUAGGCUACCAUUACGUAAUCUCCAAUCUCUUAGCUCUCUGUCUGCUCCCUCUCGCCGUCGUCAUCUCCGUCGAAGCAUCUCAGACCAACCCCGAAGAUCUCCGCCAGCUGUGGAUCCAUCUCCAAUACAAUCUGGUCAGCAUCAUCGUCUGCUCCGCCGUCCUCGUCUUCGGUCUAACCGUCUACGUCAUGACCAGGCCCAGGCCCAUUUACUUGGUGGACUUCUCGUGCCACCUCCCGCCUAACCACCUCAAGGUUCCCGUCUCUCGUUUCAUGAACCACUCUACGCUCACCGGUGACUUCGACGAGUCUUCCCUCGAGUUUCAGCGCAAGAUCCUCGAGCGGUCCGGUCUCGGAGAAGACACGUACCUCCCCGAAGCUAUGCAUCACGUCCCUCCGAGGAUCUCGAUGGCCGCCGCUAGAGAGGAAGCCGAGCAGGUCAUGUUCGGCGCGUUGGACAGCCUCUUCGCGAACACGAACGUGAAGGCGAAGGAUAUAGGGAUCUUGGUCGUGAACUGUAGUCUCUUUAACCCUACUCCUUCUCUCUCGGCGAUGAUCGUGAACAAGUAUAAGCUCAGAGGGAACAUCAGAAGCUACAACCUCGGCGGGAUGGGCUGCAGCGCCGGGGUUAUCGCGGUUGAUCUCGCUAAAGACAUGUUGUUAGUACACAGGAACACUUACGCGGUCGUUGUCUCCACGGAGAACAUAACUCAGAACUGGUACUUCGGUAACAAGAAAGCAAUGCUGAUACCGAACUGCUUGUUUCGUGUCGGCGGCUCCGCGGUUCUGCUUUCGAACAAGUCUCGUGACAAGAGGAGGUCCAAGUACAGGCUCUCGCAUGUGGUCAGGACUCACCGCGGAGCAGACGACAAGGCUUUCCGUUGCGUGUAUCAAGAACAGGACGAUACGGGAAGAACCGGUGUCUCCUUGUCGAAAGAGCUGAUGGCUAUCGCGGGUGAGACUCUCAAGACCAAUAUCACCACGUUGGGUCCUCUCGUUCUACCGAUAAGCGAGCAGAUUCUCUUCUUCGUGACUCUUGUCGUGAAGAAGCUUUUUAACGGCAAGGUUAAACCGUAUAUUCCGGAUUUCAAACUUGCUUUCGAGCAUUUCUGUAUCCAUGCUGGUGGAAGAGCUGUGAUAGAUGAGUUGGAGAAGAAUCUGCAGCUUUCACCGGUUCAUGUGGAGGCUUCCAGGAUGACUCUUCAUAGAUUUGGGAACACGUCUUCGAGCUCCAUUUGGUAUGAGUUGGCUUACAUAGAGGCUAAAGGAAGGAUGAGAAGAGGUAACCGCGUUUGGCAGAUUGCUUUUGGUAGUGGGUUUAAGUGUAACAGUGCGGUUUGGGAAGCUUUAAGGAAUGUGAAACCUUCUAAGGACAGUCCUUGGGAAGAUUGUAUUGACAAGUAUCCUGUAACGUUAAGUUAUUAGGCUUUCUUUGUUCCAAAGACUCAGUAUCCAUGGUUUAUUUCCGUUUUGAUCUUUGACAAAUGUCAAUGUUCUUGUUUUUGUUUUAUUAUGUUUGGGAGAUUUUGUGAUAUUUUUGAUUUACAUUUGUUGAACUUCAUGCUCAUGUGUUCUGUU